GCAAUCAAGGAAAAAAUGGAUAAAUCUUAUCUCAGCAGUUUUCUGUACCAUCUCAACAAAAAACAGAAGCAGGAAACUUUCAUUCAACAAGAUAAACUGGAAAGAAUACAGUUUGAUAUCGUGAAAGGUCUUGUGGAUAUUGAAAAGUUUGAGAGGUUCAACAAUAUUUGUGAUGAUUUGUUUGGGCUGAUUGAACUUUACCUUAGGCAUCAUAGUACAGGGAAAAUGACUGUAAAGGAAGUUUUGAAGAGAAUGAAGGUCUUAAGACUGACUGGUUCUAAGAUAGGCAAGAUGGAUGACUCUCUACGCAGACUGGUAGACCUGGAGGUUCUAGUGUUGGCUGGCAACUGUCUGUUAUCCUGCAAAGGAGUCAGCCAAGGGAGGACUGAUUGUCAAUGA